CGCCUCCCGAUUGCUGGCUCGCGUUCAGAUAUUUUGAGUGUGUUGUGCAUCGGCGGUGCCUGUGAAAAGUGUGCCCUUCGGCGGCGAAGAAAAAUCUCGCUGUGGUGCUCGCCUGUGGAUUACAUUUCGCCUGAACGAACCUGCCUCGCUUUUGGAUUUGACUCGUCUCGGAAGCAAACAUGGGAGGCUGCCGGCACUACUCACGGUAGCCCAGGGCGCCCUUGUCUGACGUAACCACGGAGGCAACGGGGUGCCCCGCCGAGGAGGAGCAGCCAUGUUUCCCUGGAAGAAGGCCAAAGACAAGGAGGACAAGUCCAAGCGACGCGGAGGCGGCGGCGACGACAAGAAGUCCUCGGGCAAGCUGUCCGGCAGCGAGGUCCGCCGACGGAACCUGGUCAUCUCCGGACCGAUCCCGGCGCCGGGCAGCGGGCUCGUCUCGCCGCUCGCCGAAGAGGAGGACUUCUCGGACCACAGCGGCGGCGGCGGCACUCUUCCCCACGACUCCUCUUCCUCUUCGCCCGUGCAGCAGGACGGUGGCGGCCACAACAAGAGGCCUCCGCCGGUGCCCCCCAAGAAGCCAGCAGUGGCCCGGACCCUGAGCGUGCCGAAGUCGAAGCCCCCGGACAGGCCCGCGCCACGGUCGACGAGUUUGACGGCUCAGCCUCUGGUGGACGCCUUCAAGACGGCGGUUCGCAACGGGCAUCCGUCCGCAGAGGCCGAGUACGGCGAGCUGCAGCAGCGCUUCGCGGCCAUCCGGAGGGCGUCGGCGACCGCGUCUACGGGUCCCGGACAGACAGUGCGCAGCUGGCCUCUUCCCCCGAUCCGCACGGCGGCCCGGUGUCCGCAGCCGCGCGUGCUGAGCGUCACGCGGCAGCCCUCGGGCGACUUCGGCUUCUCGCUGCGGCGCUCGGCCCUCUCCGACGGUCUGGCCGCCGGCGAGGAGCGCCGCCGCACGCUCAUGUUCGCCGAGCCGAGCACGCUGCCGGCCGCUGGCAGUGGCAGUGCGACGGGCCUGUUGCCGGGCGACCGGCUGCUCGAGGUGAACGGCGUGAGCGUGGACGACCGGUCGCGCGAGGAAGUGAUCGAGAUGGUGCGCUCGUCCGGCGACCGCGUUCUGCUCAAGGUUCAGCCGCUGCCCGAGCUGUGCGAGAUCGUGGCCCGCGUGGCCGGUCCUGGGGCGCCCCUGCAAGGGGCUACCCUCGGUGCAGGGGGCAACCGGACCCUGUCCCGGGCGGGCAGUCGCCGACACAAGGCACUCGGGGCCAAGACAGACGAGGAGAUAGCGGCGGAGCGGCUGUGGAUGAAGUCCGAGAAGGUGUGGGUGCUGUUCAAGGGAGGCUACACUGGUGCAUCCUUGGUGUCCAGAAACGAGGCUGGCACUUCGCCGGCUGAAGAGGAAGGAAAAGUGCGUGUCCGCCUUGACGCCACGGGUGAAGUGGUGCUGGUGGACGAGGAUGACGUCGAGAAGGCGAAUCCUCCCGAGCUGGACUUCGUGGAGGAUCUCGGCCAGCUGCGGCAGCUCAACGAGGCCGGCAUGGUGCACGUCCUACGAGAGCGCUUUGCCUCGGGACUCGUGCACACUUACGCUGGCUCGGGUCUGCUCCUCUUCAACCCCCAGCGACCACUGGCCAUCUACUCGGACAAGGUGAUGCGGCUGUUCCAGAGCUGCAAGGCCGACGACCUGCCACCGCACGUGUUUGCUGUGGCCCAGAGUGCACACGCGGCCCUGGUGGCAACCAGGCGCGAUCAGACGGUGCUCUUCCUCGGCCGCAGUGGCUCGGGGCAGAGUGCGGCUGCCCGACAAGUGCUGCAGUACCUGAGCAUCACAACUGCGCCCACGCCUGCAGCUGGCAAUGCCCUCGCUGAGAAACUGACUGCCGCAGCAGCCCUGCUCGAGUCCUUUGGCAACAGCCGCACGGCAGCCAAUGCCAAUGCGUCGCGCUUCACCCAGCUCUUCUCACUCGACUUUGACCACAUGGGACAGGUGGUUGCUGCCUCUGUCCAGGCCCUGAUGCUGGAGAGGUCACGGGUGUCUCGGAGGCCCCAAGGUGAGCCAAACUUCCAUAUCUUCUACUACCUCUUGGCUGGUGCAGCAGAGUCACUGAGGAAAGAGCUGUACUUGGACAAUCUCGAGGAGCCCAACAUUUUUGUCACCCCCCUCAAGAAGCCGGAUGACCAGAAGAAGGCGCGCAUCAUGUGGGAGCUGGUCCAGGGUUCCCUGCAGACACUUGGGGUACGGGACACCGAGAGCCGCGUCCUGUGGACUGUGCUGGCUGCCAUUGUUCAUCUGGGCCACGCUGGAGCCCUGCGCAGUGCGAAUGGGCGGCCACAGUUUGCACGAGCGGCCAGUGCACAGAGAGCGUCUCUUCUGCUUGGCACGUCGGUCGAGGACCUCGCCAAGUCGGCCCUCGACUCGCCACUUCUGACAGCUGCAGGCAACAGCCGGGGACCUGCACGAGGAGACGGGGCUGGAGAUCCUGCAGAGCCACUGCAGGACUUUGUGGCCUCCCUUUACCAAGAAGUGUUCAACGUGGUGGUGUCCCUUGUUAACCGCGCACUAGGAGGCUCUGGCCGAAGUGUGGCAGCAGUGCAAGUUCUGGACUGUCCCGGGUUCCAGCCCCAGAGCGGCACUGGUGCAGGGGGCAGUGCAGCGGCCACCCUCGAAGAGCUUUGCCACAACUACAUCCAGGAGCGGCUGCAGUUGCUCUUUCAUCAGUGGACCUUCCUCAAUCAGCAAGAGCGAUACGAUCAGGAGGCAGUAGUCCUGGAGACGGAGGAGUUUGGAGAGGUGGCGUCGCCAGCUGCAUUGGUGUCCCUUCUAGACCGCAGCCCGCCCCAGUUGGGUCCUCUGCGUGCCUCGACGACCGACCUGCGGCACAGUGCCGGUCAGCAGGCACAGUCGUGUGGCCUCCUUCAGCUGCUGGACGACGAGUGCCUGUACCCGGGCAACACUGACCAGGCCUUCCUUGACAAGCUCCUCCACAUGGCAGCUUCUGUGCAACCUCGGGAGCACCAGUCGCUGUUGGAGCGAGGAGCCCGUCCAGGGGAGUUCACCGUCUUCCAUCAGAUGGGAUCACUGCCGGUCACCUACUGCUGCAAGGGAUGGCUGAAAGCGAGCCGGGAGACACCAUCAUUCCGGCAGGCACCACUGCUGCUGCAGGAAUCACAAAAGGAGCCCGUGAGCCAGCUGUUUUCAUCGGCUCGGGGCAUGCUGCCUCCGGUGGGCCUCGGGGGCAGCCUGACGGCCGAGGCAAACAACACGUCCUCACUGCGUCGCUCAUCCAGCAUUCGGCGUGCCCAGUCGGUGGCCGGUGCCAAGCGACGCUCGCUGCCUCUCCAAGUCAAGCACACCACCGACAGCCUAUUGGAGGUGGUCCGUCGGACACGCCUCCAUUUUGUGCACUGCCUGGUGCCCUGCGAGAAGUCAUCGGGGACAAACGAUGCUGGGGACGGUGGCGAGCCUCGCUUUGACGUUGACCUGGUCCGGUCUCAGCUCAAGGGGGCCCAGAUCUUGGAUGCCGUGCGUGUCCGCAAGCAGGGAUUCCCAGAGAACCUUCUGUACCUGGAGUUCCGGAGACGUUACAGCUUGCUGGCAUCUCCAGACGCCCGUCCCGUCAACGGAGAGCCUGGCGAUGAGCGUGCGGCCACAGAAGCAUUGCUGCAACAGUUGGACCUGGAACCCAGCAGCUACCGGCUAGGUCUCAGCCAGAUCUUUCUGCGGGCGGGCACCCUGUCCCUCCUCGAGUCUCAGCGGGAGGAGAAGCUGGCCGAGGGUCUGAUUCAUCUGCAGGCACACCUGCGGGGAUACCUGGCCCGAAAGCGUUUCCAGCAGCGCAAGGUCCAGGAGCUGGCCAUCUGCUGCAUUCAGCGGAAUGUGCGCAAGUUCCUCGAGAUCCGGGACUGGCCCUGGUGGCGGCUCUUCAUCAAGAUUGCACCCGUGCUCAACGUGCAGCGCACCGAACAGGAGCUGCGUCUAAGCAGGGAGGAAGUCGAGCAGCUCAAGGCCAAGGUCGAGAAGCUCGAGAAGGAGCGCUCCGAGCUCAAGCAGAGUCACGACCUUCUCGAGGUCAAGGUCAGCGACCUCUGGACCGACCUGGGCCAGGAGCAGGCGGCGUCCGCGCAGGCGGCCGAGAUGCUCGAGGCCGAGACGGCCGAGCGGCUGCGACUCGACAAGGAGGUGCGCGAACUACAGGCGCGCUGUUCGCAGCUGCAGCAGCAGAAGGACCGCAUGGAGAUGGAGGCCAUGGAGAGCCGCAUGCUGCGCUCCGCCGACCUCAACGGCGAGGUCUCGGACGAGGACGACGCCGCGGCCGCCGGGUCUAUCUACAAGCAGAAGUAUGAGCGUGCGCUGCGCGAGGCCGAGAUGAACAAGCGCCAGCUAAGCCAGCAACACGAGGACGACCUGGAGAAGCAGAUGAUGGCAAGGAAAGCCACCGAGAAGAGGCUGAGCGAGGCCCUGGCUGACCUGGACGAAGGACGCCAGACGGUGAACCAGUGGAAGCGCAAGGCACAGAAGCUCAGCGCCGAACUGCAGGACCUCAAGCUGUUAGUCGAGGAGCACAUGGCACGCAAUGCCGAGCUUGAGAAGAAGCAAAGAAAGUUUGACAGUGAGCUGGGCCAGGCAUCGGACGGCCUGAAGCAAGAGCGCCAGCAGCGCGAGAAGCUACAGCGUGAGCGGGACCUGCUGUGUGCAGAGAAGCAGGCACUGGAACAACAGCUCAUCUGCUGCCGCACCGAGCUCGACGCACAGCACGACCGUGUCAACUCGCUGCGCCGAGAACUCGACGAGCUCAGCUUCAGCACACACGCAGAGGAAGAGGUAGCGAAGCUGAAGCGUGCCAAGCAGGAGCUGGAGCGCAAGAGCCGGGACCAGGAGGAGGAGCUAGAGGAUCUGGCCACCCAGGUGACCAUGCUGGAGCAGUCCAAGCUGCGGCUCGAGAUGGCCCUGGAGAAGGCCCGACAGGAGCACCGGCGCGAGCUGUCGCAGCGGGACGAGGAGGCCGACGAGGCACGCGCUGCCGCCACCAAAAAGCUGCGCAACAUGGAGGCCCUGCUGGAGUCCGAGCAGGAGGAGCGGCAGUGCCUGCAGCGGCAACGCCAGGAGCUUGAGCGGCGGCUGGCCGAGCUGAGCGAGCGACCGCCGCCCCGUGACCCCCAGGUGGAGAGACGCCUGCGGAGGGACCUGCGUCGCACACGAGCGCUCCUACAGGACGCACAAGUCAUGCUGGACUCUGCACGCAAUGGACAAGCGGCACGCUCCAUGCUCAGGCAACUCAAAAACCAGUUGGAAGAUGCCGAGUUUGCCAAGAGUGCGGCCAUCAAGGCUCGCCAGGGGGCGGAGGCCGAACUGGAGGAAGUGCAGUCGCAGCUGGAGGAAGUGCUGCGCACCAAGAACGAGGCAGAGACCAGGUGCUUGCAGCUGGCACGAGAGAAGGGAGCGCUGCAGGUGCAACUGGAGGAGAUGGAGGAAGAGCAGGCCGAGCUCAUGAAGAAGUACAAAGCUGCCGUGCAGCAGAUGCAAAACGACCAGAAACUAAUGAGUGAACAGACGCAACAGAUCCUGGAUUUGGAGUCUGAGAAGCACCACCUCAAGGAACAAGUCCACGACCUUAGCUCCAAGAUGGACCACCUGGCCAGUCAGGCGGAAGAUUCGCAUGUAGUGCGCCGCCUCGAGGCCAAGGUGCGCGAGUUGGAGUCAAGGCUCGAGUUGGAACAGACGGCCAAGAGCAGGCUAGAGAGCCAGGUGCAGCGCCUGAAGGAGCAGUGCAACCGGCUGCAGGAGGAAUCCGAGCAGGCGAUACACAAGGAGCAGCAGAGCCUGGAGAGCUGCCGCAAGCUGCAGCGGCAGAUGCGCGAGCUGCGCGAGGACUGCACAACGUUGCAGCACCGUGAGGCCGAGGCCCAGCAACGCUGCCACGAACUCGAGAUGUCCCUGGAGAAUGCCGAGAUGGACCUGCAGGGCACCAAGCAGGACCUCAAGCUGGCCUGCCAGCGCAUCCAGGACCUGCAGGCAGCACUCGAGGAAGACCUGGACUCUGGCACUGACGUGGCUGAGGACAGCGAUUCCGACAGUGACAACGAUGUGGAUAUUGACACACUGUUGCGGAGGCAUGGCCUGGGCAGCCAAUCACGCCUGUCCUCUAUGGGGGACAUGUCUCCGCUGCCGGUGACUGGCGGCAGCAGCCGCCGCAGUUCGGCUGCCGUGUCACUCAGUAGAUCGAAUGAGAGUCCCAUCUCUGGACUGUCAUCUGUGAGCCCCGAGCUUGAGCUGGCCGACUCUGGCAGUGGUCGGACAACCUCGUACAAGGACGACCAGCUCGUGGACGUGUGAUGUUGCCGCAGGCGGACGGCCACUGGACCUAGCAGAUCGUCGUAGAGUGCGACGCACAUCACCAUAACUGGACCACCGAUGUUCCUGAUCGUUUCUUCUUCUGUUCCUUUUUGUUCCUCGAGACGUACAGAGUGUUUCGAUGCUAGUGCCAACCAAUUCAUGGCCUGUCCUUGCCACAGUUGACUUACCCCAAUGUGAUGUUCCCUGAGGAUGCCGCAUGUUUCAAUUGCCCAUGUUCCUUGAGGCCAGCUCAGUUGACUUGGCUGACGUGUUUCCUGUUCUGCGUUUUUUUUUUCUUGUUGUUGCUCGAGGAACUUGAUGCCCUUCUUUUGCACCAGGUCUCUUAGGAGUGGGAAUUCCAGAUAUGCAUAACAUAUAGAGCAUAUGACAGACGUUAGAACUUCAGAUGUGAUGCUGUCUUUUUUUGUUUUUUUCCUCAACGCAUAAAUUAUGAUAACAGAGAAGUAGUGAGGUAGUUUAAUGUGAAGUCCCAAUGUCUCCCACUUCCUAGUUACUAGCCCAGCAACACUGUACUUGUUGCGAGAAUGGAACAGUUGCUGUAUUGCAGCACGGGUUGUGUCUUGCGUGCAGCAAUCGGUACAAAUUUUAGAGACGAGUACCGAUGCAGGAGCUAGGGUCUGCACACUUCACGUGCUGCCUUGAUCCGCACUACACUUUAAGUGUGCGCACAUACCACUGUGCAUGAUGGCACUACUACUUCCAAUAAGCAAAGGAGGCAAGGCCACAUGCCACAGUAUAUCACUCGAAUCGACGACACUUGACCGGAAUUUUCAAUGCCCCUCGCUGUUCCUCGCAAAUAUUUCACGCAACCGCUAGAGCGUUCAGGCCCUAAGGUUACCACUUGCUGGCAUUCUUGAGCAAGCGAAUGUGGCAUGGGUUGAACUUGUACGUAGCGGUACGUUUUGGUGGAACACGAGGAACACCGUAAACCAAGGUGUCUGGGCGAGGCCUUACAUCUAAUUGGUCACCACUGAGGCAAUCGCUACACCAGUUUCCAGAGUCAAGUCUGGAAAGCAUAUUCGCACAAGCAAUCCCCUGGCAACAAAUAUACACCGAUAUAUAAAUGUCGCCAGGUUCUUUUGUAUGCACCAGAAUGCGGGAGCCUUGUUUGUGGCUGCCUUUUGCUAUGCGUGCAAAGAGCGAUGACAUUGCAGUUUUUUUCUCGUGUUGGCCUUGCCUGGAUGAUGUUCGUGGCUUUAAUCGAACAAACCAGCAAGUGCCUUGCUUUUUUAGACAAAGUUUUUGUGGAUAUUGCUAGCUUUUGGCCAAGGCAUGAUGCCUCUUUUUUUGCUAGCUUCAUAUACAAAGUGAUGUUGAGAAAAGCGCGUACCUUCGAGUUGAAUUUUGUACACUUUAUUCUCACCCCCCUCGGCUGCAUUGUUCAUUCUGACCAGUGUAAAAAAAUAUGCUUGCAACAGUUGCAUUUUUAUGUGUGAGCUUUGCCAGUGAAAUGAACUGCUCAAAGCUCGGUGAACUUCCUUUUACUGAAGCUAUUGGAUAAUUACGAUGUUUGUUUAUAGAUGAGAGAUAGGUUUAUAUCUAUGUAAAGAUAUAUGUUUAUUCCUGCUACCUGCCAAGGUUAUUUAAUUGUAGUGUUGGUUCCUUUAAAAUUAUGAGUAAGUGUGAAAUAUAGUAGCUCUAUGCAGAAACUGUCAUCACUGAGAUUUGCAGGCUUUUCUUUGCCUUUUCCAUGCUGAAACGUGACAUAGUUUAUGAUCUGUUAUAUCGGAACGAAUGAGCUUGUAUAUUUUCUCGGGAAUAUUAAUUUAAGUCAUCCUGCUAGUGUCAAUUCUUUUUUUUACGGUUUUUGCAUUAGAGAUGGCUUAUUUCAGGCACCAGAACUGACUUAAUUAUAGUGCCAUUGGUUAAUAAGUUUUGUGUUGUUUCUAAAUACGGAUAAUUUUGGUGUCAACUAGCUUGAUGUCAUUUUUGCUCUUUCUACUUAGCUUUGUGACUUUUCUGCGAAAAUCUUAUCCCUUUACCAGUUAAUUCUUUUUUUUUACAGUGACAAAUGAGCAGAGGCGUGAUUGCAAUUUGGAGUCGCCUCUGUUGAACUAGCCAGUUUACUCACUAGUGAGCUUUGAUCACUGACCGCGUUGUAUACACCCAUUUUUUGGCCCCCACAUUUUCAGAUACGUACAAGGACAUGCUUUAGCUGUAAAUGUAUGUAUAAUUCUGUAAUUAUGCUGAAAUGGGCGUGAAAUGUUUGGUCGAAAGCCGAUGACAGACGUGUUUGUAUGUCCCCUCUGUGUGAGUGCUUGUGGAAUAAAGAGAAAUUACGAAUA